UAAGAUAAAAAUAGGACAACAUGGGCUUGAGAUAACACAGGAUUUUCCAUUGGGAUGAAAUUUUCAUCUCCACAUCAUAUAAUUACUGGUUAGAAACCAGAAAACCCACUAACUUUGAUUGUCCAACGGCCAUGUUUUUAGCUUUUUUAAGUAGGAAAAACAAUGUAUUUUUCUGAUAAUGGUGAAGGUGGAAGCAUAGGCAGUGGUAGGAUAGUGACAUGCUAUAUGUGUAAUGAUGACUAGCAUGAACAUUGGGAAGUGGAGGAGUAUGGGCUCCUACUUCUCAAUUUGAUGCUUAAGGUUAAUCAAAUCCAACUAGUUUAUUGCCUAAAUGCCAAGCCAAGGUGCAGAACUUCAAAUUAGAAUAAUUAAUUAGUAAUUUUUUCUAUAAAAAAAAUUGAUAAUUCAAUCCUUAUGGAAUUCACUUUUAAUGUUGAUGAUGAAAUAUUUCUGUCAAAAUGAUGUCAAAGCCAUAAAAAGAUUCCAAUGAAGGCACGAAAAAGAGCAUAGCUUUGCUUGGCUUCGAAGAACGACAAGCAGCCUUGCAAGCCAAAGUCUGUAUCUACAGUUAUCGCUUUUUUCACUAUAAAUACACCGUUUCGUCUCCAUAACAUCACGUAACAAAUCCCUCAUCCAUUGAAGUUUCAGUUUCGACCAUGGAGUUGCUCUGGAUAAGUACUGCGAAACCUCGAGUGGCUAAUAUAGUUUCAGUGCUGGUAGUCUUGGCAUUGCUGAGUGUGAAGGGAGCAGAGAGCAGAAAAGCAAGGAUUUUGGACUCCUUUGAGUACAAUGCUAUAAGCUGCAGGGCUCAUAGUGCAUCAAUAACAGAUUUUGGAGGAGUUGGAGAUGGCCUAACAUCCAACACUAAAGCAUUUCAGGAUGCAAUUAAUAAUCUGAGUCAGUAUGCAUCAGAUGGUGGGUCUCAACUCUUUGUUCCUGCUGGAAAAUGGCUGACGGGUAGCUUCAGCCUUACCAGUCAUUUCACUCUCUUCCUCCACAAGGAUGCUGUUCUUCUUGCUUCUCAGAAUAUUAACGAAUGGCCAUCGCUGAAACCUCUGCCAUCGUACGGCCGAGGAAGGGAUGCAGCAGCUGGAAGGUACGCCAGCCUCAUUUUUGGAACAAAUCUCACUGAUGUUAUUGUUACAGGGGAUAAUGGCACAAUUGAUGGUCAGGGUGCUUUCUGGUGGCAGAAAUUUCACCAGGGCAAGCUCAAAUACACCCGACCUUACUUGAUUGAGUUCAUGUUCUCAGAUAACAUCCAAAUUUCGAAUCUAACGCUCCUAAAUUCCCCAUCAUGGAAUGUUCAUCCUGUUUACAGCAGUAAUAUUCUUGUGCAAGGCAUUACCAUCAUUGCUCCAAUCAAAUCUCCAAACACUGAUGGCAUCAACCCAGAUUCUUGCACAAACGUUAAAAUUGAAGACUGCUACAUAGUCUCCGGAGAUGAUUGUGUGGCCGUUAAGAGCGGUUGGGAUGAGUAUGGGAUUGCGUUUGGGAUGCCCACAAGGCAACUAAUAAUCAGACGGCUCACAUGCAUUUCUCCAUACAGUGCCACAAUUGCACUAGGAAGUGAAAUGUCAGGUGGGAUCCAAGAUGUUAGAGCAGAGGACAUCACAGCCAUCAAUACAGAAUCAGGGGUCAGGAUCAAAACUGCUGUAGGAAGAGGAGGCUUUGUGAAGGACAUAUAUGUAAGGAGAAUGACUAUGCACACCAUGAAGUGGGCCUUUUGGAUGACUGGAAAUUAUGGGUCACACGCUGAUAAGAACUAUGACCCAAACGCCCUGCCUGUAAUUCAAGGGAUCAGCUAUAGGGAUAUGGUUGCAGAUAAUGUGUCAAUGGCCGCCAGAUUGGAGGGAAUUUCCGGCGACCCAUUUAAGGAAAUUUGUAUUUCUAAUGUCACAAUUGGAAUGGCAGCCAAGCACAAGAAGAUAAUAUGGACAUGCACUGAUAUUGAGGGGAUCACAAGUGGAGUGACUCCUCGACCGUGUGAUUUAUUGCCUGAUCAAAGGCCAGAGCAACUUACAGAAUGCAAUUUUCCGCCGGAGGAUAUACCUAUUGACUCGGUAAAGUUUCAGAAGUGUUCUAUUGGUAUGCAUUAUAUGUGAGCUUCUUUUCUAAGGACAAGCUCUACAACUUGAGAGUACUACUAGAUACGGAGAUUACUGUGCUUCCUUGUAAACAUAAUAUUAUUGUAGUUUUUACGAGUGAUAAAACUGCUUUGGUGUGUUUAUGAAAACAAAGUCGAUAGGCUUGUGGAAAGAUUAUAUAGAGAGAAAUCAUCCAUCAGUUCCUAGGUUGCUUUGAAUGUAUCACAUCUAGAUUAACAUCCAAGAAACAUCCAGUUCAUAUA